CCUAAAUACAGACGCGCUGCAGUUUAUCGCAGUGGAUAAUCGCCCAUUAGCAUGCUGUCAGACCGACAGCUCCGAGAUGACUUGCCGGAUGGCUAAAUGAGCUAAGCUAACGCCGCUAACUAGUCUGGUUCCCUAGAGCCUGCUAGGAAACAAUCCGUCAAGCUAUCCGUUAUUGCGCGAAUAAAAUGCGGAGGUCAACUAGUUACCUUUCAAAAUAAAAGCACAUUCCUUGUCAAUUUUAAGGUAAGGAUUUUAAAACUUGAUUGUGUUUUGAAAAGCAGAGGAAGCGAUGUUGCCACGGUUGUUUAAAUUGACGACGCUGACUGUCUCGUCUCGGCUAACUUAUUUAAACUUGCACAAUGGAUGAAGAAAGUAUCGUAAUACAGCUAAUAAGUGUAGUUACACAGUAGUAAACAUGAUGUCUAGUCAGGUAACGAACAAGAAUGGAGGCUGUUAUUGGCGGAUUAGCUCCGUAGCUAGCGUAGUUAGCUCGUCGCUAACUAGCACCGGGGUGGUCCCACGGCGGUCUCGCUUACCUCUCGGCAGCGGUGGACGGACAGCUGCCGCCGGCUGGCUGGCUGGACGGAGACCACUGCAGCCGGGCAAGGAGCACCCACCGCUGGGUCAUGUUGUCUUUGGGCUAUGCAGCAAUACUGUAUGCAAAUACAGUACAAGGAGUCUCGAUUUAUGACCCCCUCCUUCACCCGACACCACCGCCGUCAAGGGUGUGUUGCGCCAACCUGGAGGAGCCCACGGCUCUGAUGAAGAUGGGCCUCAGCAUGGUGCUAGUGGGCCACGUCAACUUCCUAUUGGGAGCUCUGGUACACGGUGUGGUACUCCGCCACAUCAACCUCCACAAGCAAGCUCGUGCCAUGGAGUAUGCCAUCUCCAAUGUGGUGGCUCUCGCAUCUGGAUUAGUGGGGAUUGUCAUAGGAAUUCUUGCUAUUGUCCUGUCCAAAAACAAGAAAAGCAGAGUCCUGACAUGGUCCCUCUUCAGCAGCAGCUUAAUAUCGUCUCUCAUGGCGUCGGCGUCCGCCAUUGGCCUCCUGGUAUCCGUGGUGAGGGCAAUCAUCCACGGCGGGCGGAGCCUGCUGACGCACUGCCGCUUCCCAGACGCCGUCGACUACUCCAGCGUCACCAACGAGUGUCCUUUUGACCCCACGCGCAUCUACAGCACCACUCUGAUCCUUUGGGUGCCUCUCAUCGUGACUUGCGUGGUCCAGCUGAUCUUUUCCGCCCGCUGCCUUUCCGUGUGCGUCUCCUUUCUGGGUUUGCCCUGCUGGCCGCACACGAAGCGGCCGAGAGAGGCGCGAGCGGCGAUCAAAUCCACGAGGCCGCUGGAGGAACUGGCUCAAGAACGUGUCAACGAAGCAAAGCAACCCAAAGAAUCUCCACCUUCGCUUCCUCCCAAGCGCUACACUGAAGCCCCCAGGAGCUACAGUGAACCCAGAAGAUUGGUGUCCCCACCGGUUCGCCACCAGCCUCCCCCGUACUACAGAAGCGUCCCCCCAGCAGAGAGGCGGCCUCUUCACCAGCAGCCUCGUCGGGAAAGAGGGGAAAGGUCACGCAGCACAGAGCAGGGGAGCCAGCAGCGACCUCCAGAACAGCGCCACCUACUCGAGAGAGGUGCCCUGGAACGAUCUAGUUUCUGGAUUUAGCCAAAAAGUGGACCUUCACACUUCAACCUGCAUGAAUCGGCCACUUCAUUAGGCACACCUGCACAAUCUAAUCAAACCUGAACAUUUAUAUCAACGUUUUUCCAUAUACUUUUCACGUGCAGUUGUCCCCAAUGUUGUGGUCCAAAUGUGUGUCAGUAUUAGUGAUAAUAAUAAUUUGAGUCGUCAUUCCUUUCAGCAAUUAAAUGACAAAAUAUAUUUUUUAACUGUCUGGAGUUUAACUUUCAGUUUUGUGCCUGACGUGUUGUACCUCGUGAGGGUGUGACUUCAGCACCAUUGUGUGUAGCUGUUUUAUUUAUUUCCUUUUCAAAAUAAACAUUUGAGAUAUAGAGA